AGCACUGCUGUAGGCAGCUAUCGAGAUUGGACUUCUUCCCGUCACACCGGAAACGCCUCCAGUAGCCAUAGGUUGUAGCCUGACUCCUCCCAUACAUGUGACCGGUCACAUGACCGUGACAUCAUCAAAGGUCCUUCGUCUGCCGUAGUAUCUUCCGUGUUGGCUUCGGUUGCAGUGCCCGUUGUUAUUGCUCAGUCACCAUGGUUUGCAUCCCCUGCAUAGUCAUCCCUGUCCUCCUCUGGGUCUACAAGAAGUUCCUGGAGCCCAUCAUCUAUCCCAUCAUCUCCCCUUUUAUCAGCCGCUUAUGGCCGAAGAAAGCGGUGAAGAGCGACCCGGCCUUCGCAAGCAAAGACGAGAAAGAAAGCAAUGGCAGCAUCAAGCCGGGUUAUGGGGCAGCGAAUGGAUGCGUUACUCAAGAACGCAAUGGGACGGCUGAUAAAAAGACAGACUGAACGCUGCCUCCGUGAUAAAGGACUAAACACUGACCUCUGCCAUUCUAGGGACAAGAUGCAGCCGCCAUUUCUUGCUUUGCUGGUCAUUUUAUUUAUUGAUUACGUAACCAUUCAGAUAUUUAAUGAUAUUGCAUUCCAGAUCAGAUAAAAAAAGAAUACUUUAUAGCUGAGUAACACAAAGUAAUAAAUUAUUUCUACUGUAA